AUGGAUAAAACCAUCCAUGUAAUACGGGUGGGGCGUGACAACUGUAGAGGGACGCAUUUGAAUAAAGAUUGUGACCUUGAGGAAAAUGAUUGGAGAAAGCCUGAGAAGAAGUGGUUACAUUAUGAUGAAUACAAUAAGGUGAAGGAAGAUAAAUAUGAACAAAAAGGAAGAGGCUUUUAUCAAAAAGAGGGUGCGGCUCUGGAAAAGAAAAUUGACUUUGAGGCAAUGCUUGCCUAUUUUGCAGCUACAUCAGAAAAGAGGCAUGAUGACACCGACGCGGUUCUCAUAAAUCAGCAAGCCUCAAUCAAGAAUAUCAAGCAACAAAUCGGACAACUUGCAAAGCAAUUCAAUGAGAGAUUAUUGGGCACACUUCCAAACAACAUCGAGCAAAACCCAAGAGGAUCCCAUAUCAAAUCCGUAACAAGGAGUGGAAAAUUUUUCAUACGUCUAACUCCCAUUGCUAAUGAUAAAUCAGACGUUAUGCAGGCAGAACAAGAAACAAGUCAAGAAAAAGCCACUGAUCAGUCACAACAACGUGGUAAAGACACCACAACGUGGCAAUCGUCCGAAGAUAAAAAUAAAGAACCGGUUAAGCCAUACCAUCCACUGCUACAAUUUCCAAGCCAAGCAAAACAAGAUAAACAAGUUGAAGACUAUCAAAAGUUCCUAGAGCACAUCAAAUCCCUCCAAAUAAAUAUUUCAUUCAUCGAAGCGGUGGCUCAAAUGUCGAAGUACGCAAAGUUUUUAAAAGAUCUUCUCACAAACUGGAAGAAAAUGGAGGAAGCAUCCAAAGUAGUUUUAAAUGAAACAUGUUCAGCUGCUAUGCUGAACCUAUUACCAAAUAAAAUGGGUGACCCAAGAAGUUUAACACUUCCAUGCCAGUUCGGGAAUUUGGCCACAAGUUACGCUUUAGCCGACUCGGGAACAAAAAUGGAGGAGGAUAAUCAAGCUCCAAUUAUUCUUGGAAGGCCUUUUUUUAGCACCGCUCGAGCUUUAGUGGACAUAAUAGAAUCUAAACUCACUCUUCGAGUUGGAGAAGAUGCCAUCACUUUCAUAAUUGAUAGAGCAAUGCAACAUUCAAGGAUAAGUGAUGACAUGACAUUCGCAGAGUAG